AUGUGUCGCGAAUUCGGUGAGCUCAGUUUGAAAAGUCCAUCUGUUCCAAAACGUACCAAAAGAACAAAGAGAUUGGUGCAACAGGUGAAACAACAUCUUCUGCGUAACAAGAAGAAAAAAUCUGCAAGAAAAUUGGCCAAAUCACUGAAUGUAUCAAGAACAACCAUUCGUCGAGUGAUUAGAGAUGAUCUGGGUCUGAAAUCGUAUGUCAAACGUGUUGCAUCGAAGCUCACAGACACACAAAAACAAAAAAGAUUUUCGUUUGGAAUUUGGGCAAGAAAGAAUGUCAGAAAAUCAUUGGUAAGAAAAAUCUUGUUUUUGGAUGAGAAACGAUUCGAUAUUGACGAUGUAUAUGACCGUCAAAAUGAUAGAAUAUAUGCUCCGAAUCGUGAACAAGCUGAUGAAAAUGGUGGCAUCUUCCGAAAAACAAAAUUUCCUCAAGGUGUGAUGGUUUGGUUAGGCGUAUGUUAUGACGGCGUGACAUGCCCAGUUAUCAUUGAAAAUGGUACGAUAAAUCAUCAAAAGUAUAUUGAUAAAAUACUGCCAAUCACACUAGAAGAUGGUCAGAAGUUGAUGGGAAAUGAGUUUACAUUUCAAGAAGACGGGGCACCAGCGCACAAAGAUCAUCACACGCAAACAUGGUGCAAGGAUCAUUUUUGGGAUUUUUGGCCAAAAUCGAGAUGGCCACCAAAUUCGCCCGAUCUCAACCCUCUCGACUAUUCCAUUUGGCACGAACUGUGUGAGCAGAUGAACUGA